AUGGCCUCCAAGCUAAAGGAACGGAAAAGGAUCCCGAUUUCUCACAAAGUGAUCGAGAAGAGAAGGAGGGAUCGGAUCAACCGCUGUCUCAACGAGCUCGGGAAAACGGUGCCCAUGGCUUUGGCAAAACAGAGUUCCGGCAAGCUGGAGAAAGCAGAGAUUUUGGAGAUGACCGUCCAGUACUUGAGAGCCCUUCAUUCCGCGGAUUUCCCUCGGGGAAGAGAAAAGGCAGAGCUUCUUGCUGAGUUUGCCAACUACUUUCACUACGGCUACCAUGAAUGCAUGAAGAACCUUGUUCACUACCUGACCACAGUGGAGCGGAUGGAGACCAAGGAUACCAAAUAUGCUCGGAUUCUGGCUUUCCUGCAGUCUAAAGCCCGCUUUGUCACUGAACCCAUCUUUACCUCGCUGGGAUCUCUGCCGGAGCCAGACCUUUCAUACCAGCUCCCACCAGCUCCAGACUGUUUGGGACACAGCACUAACGAUCCUCUUUUCCAGCAGGGAGCUGGACAUGGGCACUUUUCCUGGCACAGCUCUGCCAGGAACCCUGGUCUUCCUUACCUUCCCAAUCCUGCCAUGCCCCUCACUAGCCCUGGGCAGCAGCGCAGCACUUUCUUGUCAUCAGUACAAGGUCUGGACCGCCACUACCUCAACCUGAUUGGCCAUUCCCACCCAGGCUCAUUCAGUCUGCCAACUGGCCACCAGCAUCCGUCUGUGCUAUAG